CCCUCAUUCUACGAAAGACCGGCCAGUGACACGGUCCAGAUUCGUGAACUGAAUCCACAACCAAUCCUAAAUCAGCACUGGCCACCCAACAAGCACUGUCCCCGACACCAUGGUGGCCCUCAAACUGGCCGUUUCUCCAUACAAACUGCUGCGCAUGUUUACCACCACCGCCACCACAACCACCACAAAACGUAAACACAACGUCAGCGUCUUUAAUGGUAAGAUAGGAGAGAGAAUGUCGCUUAUUUAUAGAGAUAGACGGAGGAUAACACCCUACACACAACUUCCUUAUAAAAGGAACAAAGCAAAGCUAGGGCUUACGUUUCGCACCACCCAUAACUCUCUGUCUCGCAAUUCUAGCUUCUCCGCAGACAGAGAUUACGGGUCCCAUUCGUCCGGGUUGGGGUCGGGUAUGGGAUUGGAAAGCAAGCCCGGCAGUGUGGACGAUUGUUAUUCGUGUAACAACGACCAGAAGAACAAACUCGACCAUCAAAAUCAGCAGCAGCCCUUGCCGUCGCCUUGGAUGCAAAAUCAGAAUAAGCAGUCCUCGAAGUUGCUCACAUUGCCCACGAUCUUAACCCUUGGUCGCGUCGCUGCCGUGCCUCUUCUCGUUUGCACAUUUUAUGUGGAUAGUUGGUGGGGAAGGACUGCCACGACAAGUAUAUUCAUAGCUGCGGCAAUUACAGAUUGGCUUGAUGGGUACAUCGCUAGGAAGAUGAAGCUAGGAUCUUCUUUUGGUGCUUUUUUGGAUCCAGUGGCUGACAAGCUUAUGGUUGCUGCCACUCUGGUCUUGUUGUGUACCAAACCUUUUGAAAGUGCUAUAUUUGGACAAGUUCCAUGGCUUCUAACUGUACCUGCAAUUGCCAUUAUUGGUAGGGAGAUAACAAUGUCUGCAGUGAGAGAAUGGGCUGCUUCUCAGAAUAGUAAGCUUUUAGAGGCUGUUGCUGUAAAUAACUUGGGGAAGUGGAAAACUGCGACUCAAAUGAUUGCUCUAACCAUCCUCCUGGCUACCCGGGAUAGCAGUCUCAGCGAGCCUGGACUUGUAGCCUCUGGUGUUACUCUGCUUUAUAUCUCAGCAGGGCUUUCAGUGUGGUCUUUAUUUGUGUAUAUGAGGAAGAUAUGGAAAGUGUUGCUGAAGUAGCUUGCUAGGGCAUGUGAUUUGCAUUUAUCGGCGUGCACUCCUCACGGGAGGAUUGUGUAACCUCUGGUAAUGACACCCUUUACUAGUUCCUUUCAAAUGGUUCUCUUUACACUUGAAAGCAGGAUUCCCCUUAUAAAGUUAUCAAAAAGGAAAGCUGUUCUCCCAAAGUUCCAGCAUCAUUUGUUUACUUUGAGCUGAGUUGUUUUAGCAGUACUAUUGGUUUGUUACAGGGCUCUUCCAAUUUCUUACACAGUCAGAAUUCUCGGGUAGAAUCGAUUUAUUGGAAAACAAUACUUUUUAGCAUACUCGAUCAUUGAAGCCAUGGUUGACUCUGAGUUGUACUCUUCCUAUAUAGUAGUUUAACGGAUGCUUUCUUUGGAUGAAAACAAUGUUCUUUCCGAAUGUAUAGAGUGUAAAUAAGUAUAUCAUCAGAGAUCAAGGCAAGCAGAAUUGUGUUACUACAUAUGAUUGGUUAUUCGAUGGCAUGAUGUCUCAAUUCAUGUUGCAAGGACUUACAUAAAACAUAUGAUUUUUUAA